AUGGAUUGUUGCAUGUACUUUACCUCGUCAGCUCGGCCGACAAUUCGUUGCACCCGGCCGGGCCGAGGUGCACUUGCAUCUACUCAAAUGCUUCUGCAGCAAUCGCUCCGGUCGUUUAACGCCUUUCUACGCCAUCCCCAGCCAUCUUCCUUGCGCGUAAUGUCCAGGACAGCUUCAGGCAAGUUUCUGAUUUACACCUAUGCCCCGGACCGAACAGAGGAGGGUACUUUUGAGAGGCGCAUGUCGGUCCGGCCUCAACAUAUCGAAGGUCUGAAAGCCAACGUCGCAAAUGGCUCGAUUCGUGUCGCUGGCGCGUUGUUGACGCCUGAAUCCCUGCACGCAGCUCAAGAAGACAAGAGAAUGAUAGGUUCUACUUUCAUUUGGGAGGCUGAAAGUCUGGAAGAGGUACGGGAGAAACUUUCGAAGGAUCCAUACUGGACAAACGCUGUUUGGGACAAAGAGAAGAUUGUUGUUACACCAAUUGCAGCCGCUACACCUAUCCCAUAA